CUUUUCGCUAUUACAUUUCGUACUGUUCGGUCAUCAGAGCUUUAUUUCUAAAAUGCAAGAAAAAUGUUGCUGCGGCAAUUGCACACUUAGCACUGGGACAUCUAUUGCUCUUGCGAUAUGUGCGGUAGAAGCUUUUUGUGGGCUUAUCUUGAAUAUAGAGCUAUUAUUAGUGCUGACGAACAAAGAAAUUUACAACCCUUUUGCUUUUGUUAUCAAUGCUGAUCACAUCGAAGACUAUGACCUUGUCCAUGGUAUGGUGUUGACAGCAAUAGGUUUGAAUGGGUUUUGGAUCGUCUUUGCAAUUGUAGCUGCCAAAGGAAAUAUUGGUCUGAGCCAUGGAUUACUGACGUUGUGGGACAUGCUUUCUUAUUUGAUCAUAUUUUUUGAUAUUGGAAGCACUGUGUACUUCGUAAUUAAACUUCAGGAUAGUUUAUCUAAGACCGCUGACCUCUUUGAAGAAACAGAACCUACGAAGACUCUCACUUAUUUAACGUUGUUAGUAGCCUUUUCAAAAGGUGGUAUUUUACUCAUACUGAACGUAUACCUGGUCCAUGUAGUUGGCAGAAGGAAGAAAGAAAUUGAUCAUGACAACUCGACACUUACACUUUACAUCUUAUCACAGCUAGCCAGGUGUGCUCGGACUGCUGAAGAGACACGACCAACAAAUCAAGUAACAGAACCCCCACCGGCUUACAAUAGCAACUAUCCGUCUUACUUACCUUAUACAAUUAUGGCUCGGUCAAAUGAAAGUAGUGGCUCCAGUUGGUCUCUUAGCUGCGGAAAUGCCAAAACUAUGGACUCAGGAGUACCAGAAUCUUAUAUCCAGCAAAGUAGUACAAGAAAUCAAUGUUCCCCAAGUGCAGCUACAGGUUUCACUGCUGUCCCUCUUAACUACCAGACAACGAAUGAUGAAAAUAAUAUCCAUUGCUGCCAACACAUUAAUCUAGAUUUUUACGUUUUGAUAAAAUUAAAAUUCAACUAAAAUGAAUGUCGGUAUUUAAAAGUCUCUGGUGUCUGUUUCUGCAUAUAAUUUUUGAAAGUAAAAGGAUCAUAAAAAUGUUAAAGAAGUGUUUUACAGUUAAAAUAAAACUUAGCAAUAAAAUUAUAUUGAGGGUUGCGGAUCUAUGUUUCAUCAAAAUUUAAUUAUAAUCAUUCGAAUUUAGUUUGAUAAAACAAAACACCCGAGGGAAGCCUUUGUGCAGGAUUAGCUACUUCAUUAUGGUUUAUAUUUGCAUUAUACACAGAAAAACCGCGAAAACAACUGCAUAACUUGUCCGUUCGCCGAGAUUUGAAACCAGAUCGAACUAUCAUUGUUCCGUAGUUCCACCUACUUCGCCCCUGAUAGACACUGAUUUUAUUUUGAAUGUAACUGGGGGUGUAUAGGAAAACAAAUAUUGUACAGAAGUAAUAGAAAAAUUUUGAAGUCAUAUUAUAGGGUGCUAGAAAUGCAUUUCUUUAACUACACUUAUGGUAUAAGCAGUUUUUGCAAAAUGUUAUUUGGAAGUAUAGAUAAAAUAAAAUUUUAAAUGAUUGACUUUCUUGAGCCUAUGAACAACGCACAUUUCGAAGAUAAAAACUUCAGAUUUCAUCGAUUGGCAGCCAUGUGCUGUCAUAGUUUUGAUCUCUACGCUAAAAUAUAAACCUGGCUUUACCAGAGAGUAUAAUCACUAGAAAAGUUUCAAGGAAAAAGCGAAAUAUUAGGUUAGCUGAAAUAAUUACGGCGAAACACGCGAGAGCCAGAUCCUCUUUUCUGAAGAUAUUCUAAUGAUUCUACCUUUCUUUCAGACAUAACAACAAAAAUAAGUAAACUAAAUCUUUAACAUCAAGACAAAGUAAAAUCUGUUAUUGAGAUAAUAAGGAAGUAUAAAUGUGUAAGUCAAAAAGAAAUUUGUGGAUAAUUCAAAUAAAUUUUUUCCUCUUCACAAAUUUGGAGAACUACUUCAAGAAAUGUAAGAAAACUGUACAGAUAUGUUAAAUAAAAAUUCUACUGACAUACAAA